UGUAACUAAAUCAUUCUCUCCUUCCUUCCUUCCUUGAUAAUAAUAAUAAUAAUAAUAAUAAUGGCUGUUGCAGCGGCUGCUACGAGCAAUCAACAUGUGUUUGUUCAUCUCUUUCCCGCGGCAUCAGUAUUAUUCACUCCAUCUGAUUCAAUUACAAACGCAGCAGCAGCAACAGCUAAUAAAUUCAUGGGAUCUCGCUUCUGCAUAUCAACAACAACAACAACAACAACAUCAAGAAGAAGAAAAUCGAUGAGACAGUCAAUUGUUGCUGCUGCUGCUGUUGCAACUAGCAGCCCUGCUGCUGCUGCUGAGGAAAUAAAAGAAAUUGUGCUUCCAAGUUGGGCUAAUUUUGAUCUUGGAAGAGCUCCUGUCUAUUGGAAGACCAUGAACGGCAAUCCUCCUUCUGCUGGUGAGAAAGUAAGGAUCUUUUACAAUCCAUCUGCAACAAAACUGACUCCUAAUGAAGAAUUUGGAAUUGCUUUCAAUGGAGGUUUUAAUCAACCCAUAAUGUGUGGUGGAGAGCCAAGGGCAAUGCUCAAGAAAGCAAGAGGAAAAGUUGAUACUCCUAUUUACUCUAUCCAGAUAUGCAUUCCCAAACAUGCUCAAAGCUUGAUCUUCUCUUUCACUAAUGGAGUUGAGUGGGAUGGUCCAUACAGACUUCAAUUUCAAGUUCCCAGAUCUUGGCAAAACAAACCUAUUGAAUUUUUCAACAAGGGACUAGCAGAAGAGUUGAGCAAAGAAGGUGCUUGUGACAGAGCUAUAUUUCCAGAUACAGACAUUGUUAUCAACAGAUGUGCAAUGAUAGGAAACCUGUCUGUUGAAGGGGGUGAUCGUUGCAAUCUCGAUUUUGUUGUGGGAUGUACCGACCCGAACUCUCAUCUCUAUGACCCGCUUGCUAAUGUUGACGAUGGUUCUUGUCCUAUUGAAUCUGAUUCAGAUGAUUAAUCAACUGUCUUGUCUGUUUUCUUUUUUAUGCAUUGGAGCCUGCCUGUACAUAUAUAUAUACAUACAAAUAUGACCAUAGUGCUUAUUAAAUGAACAUUCAUAUAAUAAACUUAUCUCCUA